AUGCGAGUGUCUCUACCAGUAAAUGAAUAUGGGGUAAUAAUAGAGAUGCCUGAGGUUGUUGUUGAAGAAGGGCAGACGCAGAAACUUAUAUGGAAGGACAUAGAGCUGAGAGACACUCAAUUCGGAAGCCUCUUAGCUUGUAUCUGCGACUUUCAAUACAUUGCAAACUCUUCAUACAGGGAGAUUGGCACAUGCACUAAGACUGAAGACUUCAAUAUACAUGGGGGAAUGCUAACAAUCAUGGGUGUCUCCUCUGCUUCUGCUGCUGCUUGGCUGCAGCAAGCCUUUCGUAUAGAGACGUCUGUAGCUAUCAAAACUGUUCAACAAGGAAGGCUGCCUUAUGGUAUGGCGGUUAGUGAAGAGAUAUCUCUUUUUAAAGUAGGCCGCUAUAUUGUAUGUUGGACAGGAGAAGGUACAGACGGAAAAGCAACGGGAGUCGUCACCCUAUUCCAAACCACAGGGUUUGACGCCUCAACAAAGCAGGUAGCUACUUAUGCUCCUUCUUCAGCUGGUGCUAAUGAGACGCUGUUUUCAGUCUUUGUUCUGCACGGCGGCCGCAACGUCAAUUUAAACUCAAUUUCUUUUACUUUGAGAGAGGCAACUGAAAGCCCCUGCCAAGGAGACACUUUAGCACAGUCCUCGCAGGUCUCCAGCUUUCAAGAAGAUGAUGAAAGAGAAGUCGUAAGAGGCAGCGGUUUCCUCUUGCGUCCGGGUUCAAGCGGGCAGCUUCAGACGAGGACAGCGCUGCAUAUAUGUUUGGAGACAGGGAGCCGUUCUCUGUUUACAGGGUUUGCAAUGGUUGCUGAGUUUAGUCUUUAUCAGCCUUGGCAGGUGAAUAAGAAAGGGAGACAGCUUGGUGUACCUCUCGGUGUACAUGCAGUUACUCUUAGCCCAUUCAGUCCUUUGGGGCUUCAUUGGCUGCAUAACGAUACUUCUGGGCUUAUAAACGGAGACAAAGAAAGCGUAUUUACAAAGGGACAGUUCUCAAAGACCCUUACAUUUGAGGUGUAUGAACAGGAGACAGUUGUUAAUCUUUGGACGCAUGAUGAUACAGCCCCUGUGCUGCUACUUACGCUGCAACGCAGCGGCUGGCUGUCUCUAUCUACUGAUAUUACCUUUGAGAGAUUCUUUCUUUAUGCAGCAGAGACAGGAGAACAAGCAGCAGUCCGUAAGUACGAUGCAAGAGACCCAGGAAGCCUCCUCAUUGCUGCUGCUGAUGCUGUCUCUUCGGAGCCUCUGCAUGCGCCUUGCUGCUUGUUAACUGUCUAUGAAGACACCGCAACACAGACAAACCCCUCUAUAUUGCUGCUAGACUCUAAAGGAGGUAAUUUUGUGUGGCUAGACGGACUUGAACUCAGUCUUGUGCAAAGUAAGAACAACUGGCAGGGCCUUAAGAGCCCUCUUCAGUACCCCACAAGCCUUGCAUGUCUCCCUAGAGAAAAAGAAGAGAGUGUCUCUUCAUCAGGAGAUGAAGCACAAGAGACAGAAGAGACGGAAGCUAAAGAAGAGCAGCAAGGAGACACUUCAAGUGGAAAUGAUUUUUGGGGAUUGUAUGACUGCUAUAUAGCAGACAGAGACGGAGACAGAAUCGUUCAUAUUGAAGUUGAUGCUGCAGCUAAACAAUCUGCACUUGUCAGUGAAAUUGCAUAUGCGGGGCCCAAAGCAACAAGACUUACGAGGCCUCUAGAUCUCGUUGCCUUUAAAUAUAACGGAGAGACUCUUCUCUUCGUUUUGCAGGAAGGGAAGGUUGGUAUAGAUUUGCUGGUGCCAACUAGUGGAGGAGCGACAGAUUAUCACGGGUCGUCUCAAGACACUGCAGGAUUGAAUUUAGGGGCCCCUACGAGCGCAUUUUCAGUAGAGGUCGGGGAGAGGGGUUCUGGACUAGACUUUGCUCGUCUUGUGGUGUAUAGGACAUCUUUAGAAGACAUAUUUGUGCAGUCUGUGUCUCUUGAUGCUACUGCUGUAGCUCCUGCAUUUACAUAUACUCAUGCUGGAUGGUAUACAGUGGGAGAUGAAGUAUUAUUAGAGCCUUUAAUAGCAGGAAGAACAUCUAUGAGCACCUGGAAGGAUACUGUCUCCAACACCGGGUGUCUAGGCACCCGCUGCCCAGCGAACUCCUCUUCAACUGUCUCCGGAGCAACGACUGCUGAGGAGAGAAAAUGUGCAUGCAACCCCGGAUACGUAUAUGAUAAGGAUUUAGACUCGUGCAUACUUGCUGCUGCUGGGACAUUCUCUCCUGGGGGUUACCGUGCCUCUGCAUUUGCCUGUCCCCUUAACACAACAACUGUCUCCGAUUCUACUGGGCCGUUUACUUCUUUACAAGAUUGUGCAUGCAAUAAAGGAUUUGAACCUGCCUCCGCUGAGUCUCUUAAUGACAGCAACAGCUCUGCUUAUAAGUUUAGAGAGUGGCUGAGGAGUAUCCCAGAGUGUUUGCCUGGAUAUGAGGCUGUAUUUCCUUCGUGGGGUUUAGGGAUGAUAACAUGUCGCGCUGUUGAGAAGGGGACAUUUAAAGAUAUGCUGUCAAAUACACCUGCACAGAAUUGUCCCUUUGGGGCAAAGUCAGAGACAGUUGGAGCAGACUCUCUGUCUCUUUGUGUUUGCGGGGCUGGCGAAUAUAGAGACACUGCAACCAACCGCUGUAUGGUGAGAACUGUGCAUGCAUCUGCAUCGUUUCGCCUGUCUCCGUUUGUCUCCUUUUCUGUCUCUCUCUCUGCUCACCUCUCUCCCUUUGUCUCCAUUCAUCUUCUCUAUCUGAUUGUCUGUCUCCGUUUGUCUCCUUUGGUGUCUCUGUGA